AUGGGCAAAAUCAAGACUCCCGACAAUGUCGAUGUCGAGCAGGCCACGAUCGGAGGAUGUCUCAAGCAAAUCCGGCGCAGCAAUGGCUUCACGGGGCCCGAACAUGUACCUGCGAUGAGCUCGAUCUGGGUGUGUGAAAUUUCCCCACAGCAGACGAAAAAAAUGGUGGACGUGGUGGAAAAGAAGAUCAAGCCGCUUGAUCUGUCGGAUUACACGCACGCAAAACGGUUCCGGAAGGUGGCUGUGGAGGGGACGGUGGUACUACAGGUGCUUCUAUGUUCGGCUACAGUGAUGGAGAGUAAAGACGAGCUUUUGGAGAUUUUGAGAGAAAGUUUCGAUACAGACUUGGAUGCUGCGAAAUUGUUCACGCACGCUAUCUCCGACGAGCGGCCAAUGACCAAAGAGCAGGCAUUGCGGUGGAGCGAGGACUACUGGCCAUUGUCAUGGAAGGGGAACCCAAACCAGCAGGACCUCAUCACGGCGCGGUUUGAUCUCGAGCGCGAACAGAUGAUCAUUGAUCAAUUGUUGUCGAGCGGCGCGAUGGCCACCAUCCUCGCAAAGAAAGACCCUGCAACUGGACAUAUUACGGUGCUCCAUAUAGCCACAGAUAACCGCAAAGAACAUCCAUUGCAUCACAGCGUCAUGAACGCAAUUGCACAACAUGCCGAUGGCGAAAAGGCCCAUCGCGCCUCGGGCGAUCUGCUGCAUCAAUUGGGAUACCUUUGCCAUGAUCUAUUGGUUUACACCACCCAUGAGCCAUGCACCAUGUGUGCCAUGGCCUUGGUGCAUUCGCGGGUCGGCCAGUUGGUCUACAUUUGGCCCAGUCGCGGCGGAGCCAUUGAGCUGUCGCACUUCAUCGGCGACCGCAGAGAUCUCAACUGGACGUUUGAUAUCUGGCGAUGGAUUGGGUCUGGGCUGGAGCGUCCAGUUGACUGUGCCGUCGAUGAGCCGUGA